AUGAAUGAAUCAGAAAAAGAAAUAUUCAUGGAGAGUCUAAUAGACAAUGAUGGUUGGACAGUUUUACAUCAUGCAUGUUUGAAAGGAAACAAAGAUAUGUGCUUGUACUUAAUCGGAGAAUAUCCUAGAUUGCUUUCCAAAAAAGACCGACGUGAGCAGCAUUGCCUUCAUUUGGUCGCUGAAUCCGGAAAUGUAGAGUGUUUUCAAUCAAUAGCUGAUUUAGCUCUAAAAGAUAUGAAUGAAUCAGAAAAAGAAAUAUUCAUGGAGAGUCUAUUAGACAAUGAUGGUUGGACAGUUUUACAUCAGGCAUGUUUGAAAGGGAACAAAGAUAUUUGCUUGUACUUAAUCGGAGAAUAUCCUAGAUUGCUUUCCAAAAAAGACCGACGUGAGCAGCAUUGCCUUCAUUUGGUCGCUGAAUCCGGAAAUGUAGAGUGUUUUCAAUCAAUAGCUGAUUUAGCUCUAAAAGAUAUGAAUGAAUCAGAAAAAGAAAUAUUCAUGGAGAGUCUAUUAGACAAUGAUGGUUUGACAGUUUUACAUCGGCCAUGUUUGAAAGGAAACAAAGAUAUUUGCUUGUACUUAAUCGGAGAAUAUCCUAGAUUGCUUUCCAAAAAGGACCGACGUGAGCAGCAUUGCCUUCAUUUGGUCGCUGAAUCCGGAAAUGUAGAGUGUUUUCAAUCAAUAGCUGAUUUAGCUCUAAAAGAUAUGAAUGAAUCAGAAAAAGAAAUAUUCAUGGAGAGUCUAUUAGACAAUGAUGGUUGGACAGUUUUACAUCAUGCAUGUUUGAAAGGAAACAAAGAUAUUUGCUUGUACUUAAUCGGAGAAUAUCCUAGAUUGCUUUACAAAAAAGACCGACGUGAGCAGCAUUGCCUUCAUUUGGUCGCUAUAUCCGGAAAUGUAGAGUGUUUUCAAUCAAUAGCUGAUUUAGCUCUAAAAGAUAUGAAUGAAACAGAAAAAGAAAUAUUCAUGGAGAGUCUAUUAGACAAUAAUGGUUGGACAGUUUUACAUCAUGCAUGUUUGAAAGGAAACAAAGAUAUGUGCUUGUACUUAAUCGGAGAAUAUCCUAGAUUGCUUUCCAAAAAAGACCGACGUGAGCAGCAUUGCCUUCAUUUGGUCGCUGAAUCCGGAAAUGUAGAGUGUUUUCAAUCAAUAGCUGAUUUAGCUCUAAAAGAUAUGAAUGAAAUCAGAAAAAGAAAUAUUCAUGGAGAGUCUAAUAGACAAUAA